ACGAGAACGGUUUGCUGACGCUGUGCGGAGAAAUAACGAGCGAACGAGCGAGAGCGACGCCCCGCAACGAGAGCAACAAAAGAGCUAGAGUGCGCGUGCAAACGAGAUAGCAGUCAAGCUGGACCAGUAAAAGGCCGGAGCGAGCGAGACAGCCAAUCGGUGUGUACGAGCGAAGAAAAAGAAAACAAAGGCACUCGCCAAGAGCUGUUGGCUACCUGCCUCUGCAAGAAUAUAUAUGGGUAUGUGUUUGUGCGAGAGAGAGUAAAUAGCGUGCGACGCAGGCAGAGUAAAUAAUAAAAAGCAGCGUGGUCGUCAGUCGAAAAAAAAUACUCAAAGCGAACGGACGUCGGUCGGUUGUUGGAUAUUUUACCAUAAUCGCUAACUAAAAGCGACAACGAAAAAUACCCGAAAAAAUCAAGUGAUAAAAAUGCAACCAGAGCUCUAAGCUUAAGUUAGAAAAUGAUAAUCAUAAAUAACAAAGAUAGAGGCAAAUUUUCUUUGUGUGACAACUAAGUCUGCUGUCUUAUAUACGACGUGAGUGAUUGUGUGUGUGCGCGCAGAAAACAUAGAGCAAAGCAUAAUACACAAUAAAGGUGCCCACGAAAGCAGAGCCGCCGAAAGUGCCAGCGCGUGUUUGUGUGGUUGCUUUCGGAGUGAAGAAAAGUAAAAAUAAAGUGAAGUGAAGAAAGAGAAGCAAAAACGCUGACUCAAAAAACUCAACUACCGAUACUCAUUGGAUUAUUUACUUGGAUUAUUCCUCUGCCAUUGGAUUAUAUAUGUAUACGAGGCGACCACCGCGAUGCCAAUUAACUGGCUGGAUUAUUAGUGGAUUAAAGAUUGGAUUCAGAGAUUGACGCUUGUGCGAAAAACAAAAGCGAAUUUUAGCAGCGGGAGUAUUAUUACUAUGAUGACGCCAGAGUCGAAAGCAAUACCGCCAGCAGCAGCUACAAAAACAACUACAGCAGCAGCAACAAUAAGGCCAACAGCGGCAGGAACAACAACAACAAUGGCUCACACACAACAAAAGUCGCAGUUGUCAACGUUGGCGAAGACAACAACAACGACGACAGCAGCAGCUACAACAACUACAACAACUAAGGCGUCCAAAAGCGUUGUCAGCAAUGCAAAUAGCAAUGGCAACAAUUCAAGCAAAAAGCUGGCUUUGUCUCAGAAAACAGCAACAACUAAUGUUGAUAAAAUGCAAAGGCAACACCAAAUGAAGCAGCAACUUUUUGCUGCCUGCAGCAUUAAAGUAAAAAGUGAAAACACAUUAGCAGCUACAGCAGUAGCAGCAGUAACUACAACUGCAACAACACUUGCCCCCGGCAAAGCAGCAAAAACAAUAUUAGAAAACAGCAUCAAGAAGGAAUCAACGCCUCCGGCCACGAAUGCCGUCGAUUCCAAUGAGGCCUCAUCCUCAUCAUCAUCCUCAUCGUCAUCGUCGUCCUCAUCAUCUUCUUGGUCCACGACAAGAAGGGCCCCUUCUGAGGAUGCCAGCAGUAAUGGUGGCGCCUCCGCCGAUGAGGAGAAAACGGAGGAGGACCAGGCGUCGUCAGCAACGGCGACAACGACUUCCGAUUUGGCCACAACUUCAAGGCCACGCCCUGUCCUUUUAACGGCCGUUAAUCCGCACAUCAUCUGUCACCUGUGCCAGGGAUAUCUGAUCAAUGCCACUACCAUCGUCGAGUGCCUGCACUCCUUCUGCCACAGUUGCCUCAUUAAUCACCUGCGAAAGGAGCGAUUCUGCCCGCGCUGCGAGAUGGUCAUCAACAACGCCAAACCGAACAUCAAAUCGGAUACCACGCUCCAGGCGAUUGUCUACAAGCUAGUGCCGGGCCUUUACGAACGGGAGCUGAUGCGCAAAAGGGCCUUCUACAAGGAUCGUCCGCAGGAAGCAGCCUUGGCCACGCCCGAGCAAAGGGGCGAUGAUACGGAACAUCUUAUCUUCAGUCCAUCUGAUGAUAUGUCGCUAUCGCUGGAAUAUGCAGAAUUGGGUGAACUGAAGAUUGAGUCCGAGUCCGAAUUAAUGGACACUCUGCGUCCGCGGUAUCUUCAAUGUCCGGCCAUGUGCCGAGUCAGCCACCUUAAGAAGUUCGUUUACGACAAGUUCGAAAUUGAUGCGCAGCGCUUUAGCAUCGAUAUUAUGUACAAGGUCAAGACUAUCGUUUUGUUGGACUAUUAUACUUUGAUGGAUAUUGCGUACAUCUACACGUGGAAGCGGGAUGCACCCAUGCGGUUUUACUACCGUGUUUAUGAGUCUCCCCAACCCUUGGUGAAGCCUGCUCCUCGCCGAGUGCCGCCACUGAGACUAGAGAAGCAAGAGAAGCAGGAUAAAGAGAAUCAAGAGCAACAGCCGGCAGUGGAAGCUUCUCCAAAGGUGGAACCAGCGCCUCUGCCAGAGAUCCAAACUCCCAUAAAGCUGGAGAAGCAAGAGCCGCCCAAAGAAAUCGUGAAGGAGGUGGUCAAAGAUGUGGUGGCACCACCCACGACGGAGCCACUCAAGCUAGUGAUCAAUAGAACUAUGCUGGAGAAGCGUGAGAAAAGUCAUUCCCCACAAACCAGCUCGAAAUCGUCAUCGAAGAGCUCUCCUUCUACGCCCGUUUCGUCACCCUCGGAGCCCAAUAUCAAACUGAAGAUCGAUCUGUCCAAGCAGAACAGUGUGACUAUUAUCAAUAUGUCCGAUCCCGAACGCAGGGAGAUUGUGAAGCCCCUGAAACCCGAGAAGGAAUCGAAGUCUAGGAAGAAGGACAAGGACGGCAGUCCAAAGUCGUCAAGCAGCUCCAGUUCAUCUUCGAGUGGAGACCGCAAGCGCAAGAGUCCCAGCCCGCUGACCGUCCCUCCUUUGACCAUCCGCACGGAACGCAUCAUGAGUCCAAAUGGAGUGAGCACUUUGAGUCCAAGAGUGUCCAGUGGAGCUCUCUUGGAAGAUCCGAAGUCAGAGUUUCUUAAAUCCUUUGCUCUGAAGCCCAUCAAAGUAAAGGUUGAAUCGUCGGAGAUCAAUAGCAGAUCCAUUACCCCGCCUUCAUCUGGAGUGCAGCAAUCUUCGUCGCCCAAGUCGAAGGGUAAUUUGGAUGACAGCAUUCUGAUGAAGCCGCCCAGCUGUAUGCCACCCAAAUCCAUUGCUUCCUCGAAGAGAAAGAGCAAGGAACCAGUGAAGGCAUUGACCAAGAAGCCAAAGCUAUCACCUCCACUGCCGAGGGAGGAUUUCAAGAUACGCCUACCCGCCACUAAUGGUAAUUCUCUAGCAGCUUCGGCGCCCAAGGUAGAAAAACCACUGAUGCCCCCACCGUCGAAGCCACCGAUGUUGGCUCCCCGGAAACUUCAGCCCACCGUCCAGUUUGCCCUUCCUUCCUCGCCAAUGCAUCAUCAUGCCGUAGUGCAGAUGUCUGCUCCGGGAAAUCGGACUCCUAUCGCCAAGCGCUAUCAGCCCAUUCUACCCAAGGCUUCCCGUCCAAAUCCGUUUGCCAAUAUUCCAAAUGAUGUCAAUCGAUUGCUCAAGGAUGCUGGUACCGAAAUCAAGUCGAUUGGUGGAGGAUCUGGAGAGAAUGCCAGUAACUCUUCGCAAAAGUCGCAUGUUUAUGGUCCCAAGGGAGAGUCUAAAAUGGGACCACCACCGCCACCACCUGCUAACACCGCCAAUGGAGCAACUCAACCCCAGGCCAAUAGAAGCAUUGGAAAGCAGGGAGCCAAUUUACCGAUGUCAGCACCCAAUAAGGGCAACGGUAACAAUAACUAUCUCAAUCUGGCGCUGUUCAAUUCCAGCAAGUCCAAGGGCAAGGAGGCACCACCUGGCUGCCGUACGCCCAUGUACACGCCCAAUUCGCCGAUAUACUCGCCUAGUUCGCCACAGUAUGUUCCCAGCUAUAAUAUUCCCACGAUGCCCACCUACAAGUACACGCCUAAGCCAACGGCAAAUCCAGGAACUGGAACGGGAGCACCUGGAGGCUAUCUGCAGAACAUGUUGGGUGGCGGCAGUGGGGGAACUCUUUGUGGAUUGUUCCCUUCACCACCCACAAAAUCCGAUCAGAAUACCAAUCCUGCUCAAGGAGGAUCAUCUUCAGCUUCUCCGAGCGGAGGCAAUGGAAAUGCAAAUGGCAAUCUCUAUCUGCCCAAUGAAGAUGCGCCCGAGAAACAGCAGGUGAAGGUGAAGUCGUUGCUCAACUCGUGCAACAUCAACAUCCCUUCAUCACUAUCGAUCACCAUCUCCCGGGACAAUGGAGACCCCUCCUCACCCAGCAAUGGCCAACAUCUCAAGCACAAGAGUCCAGUCAAUAACUACAUUGAGAUAGUUAAACUGCCCGAUCAGCCGCAGGAUCAGGUGCAAGCUGCCAAGGAGGCCCAGAAACGGCAAUCGCCACCUGCUGCCGGACCAGUAACGCUGCCCGUCAAGCUGCCUCCUCCGCCGCCGUCCAAAGCCAUUCCUUCGCCCCAGCAUUUAAUGUCCCGCAUGACGCCACCACAGUUGCCCCAAGUGGCCACACCUCCACCUCCAAGUGUUCCCAAGGUGAUUACUCCACCAAAAACAUCACCGCCUUCCAAUGCCAACGCCAAAGGAACGCCUCUGAAGCCAGUGCUUACGCCCACGCAGGCGGAUAAGAAGACGCCCAGCCCGGAAAAGCGAAAUGCCGCUCAAAUGGGCAGUCACUCACCAACUGCCAGCGAAAACAAGUCGCCCAAGGGUGGAGCAGGAGGAACAAACUCAGUGGUGGCCAGCCAAAAUGGAGAUCCAGCGGCCAAGAAGUUCCGACCCAUCCUUCCCCGCCAGAAUGCCGAGUUGGCGCCCAAGCUGCCCACUCUGACACCGCCUUUUGGUUUCAAUCCACCUCCGAACCCAGUCACCGGCAAAAAGGUGCCACCCAGCAAAAAGUCACCAAAUGGAGGAGCUAAUGCCCAUCAGCCUGGUCAACUGAAGCUAACCAACGGGGGAAAUCAACAGCAGCAGGCGCCACAGAAACCCAGUCCACCGCAGAAGAGCCAACAGCAGAGUAAAAAGGUGUCCAAGAAUCCAACGCCACCACCUCCAUCCCUUCCGGCGGUGGGCAAAAUGAUGCCCCAUCCCGUCAUGCACGGUCAGAAUGCUCCACUAAGCAUCGCCUCCAGCGCCAGCGCGGCAGCCGUUGCCUCCGGACAACUGGACCUGAGCACAUUCAUCAAGGAGAAUCUAAUGCGUGCUCAGGCGGCGCAGGCUGCCCAGGCGGCACAGGCUGUCCAGGCGGCGGCCGCUGCAAACCAGUCGAAUAUGUUGUACAAUUUCGCUCAGAUGGGUCACAUGUCCCCGGCGAUGUACGGCUAUCAACAGGCGUAUCUCAUGGAGCAAUUGUCGCGAAUGCAGCGAGCCGGAAACGAGGUGUUCAACGAUUACCUGCAGAAGCUGAAGAGUGCCGCCGCCAGCGGAGGUGGAGGAGGUGGUCCGGCAGAGGGCGAGCACAAGCCGAUGCUGCCCACGGUGACGUUGCCCAGCCCAGGAGCCACUCCGCCGGCAGCCAGCCCCAAGACAUCCCCCCUGGCCUGCGGAAAGCUGACGGCAGCAGCAACGGCGCCCCAAACCAAGGGAAACGGAAGCAGUGGAGCGGGUGCACGGCAACAGACGGCGGCCACCGGCAACAACGGAGCAACAGCCUCUGCUUCCCUGCCACCGGCCACAAAGAGCAAGUAAAGGAGUCGCGACUGCAACACCCCACGUAGCUCUAAUUAAUUUUUAAAGACCUUGUUUUAGUUAUUCAUUAACGUUACCCGUUCGUUCGUUGGUGCUGUAGCAGAGCCCACGACCAGAACCAAUUCCUCGCCCUAAUUACGGUGGCACGGAAUCCAACCCCUGCACCUGGGGGUGGAUUCUCUUCACCCAAAAAAAUGUUACUUAUCCAGCCGAGUGUAAACUGCCUUUGGUAGUGAACCAACGCUCUGUAAAUAUAUAUAAGACCAUACAUAUUUCUAGAUCUUACAGUGAUGUUGAAUUCUAUUAAUAAUAAAAAACGGAGGAUAAGACAGCGAUUCAGAAUCGAUAUAUGCAGAUAUACGAACUAUAUUUAUUCAUGGCCGUAAGCUAAGCUAUUCUUAAGUGUAAAUAGCAGCCAUAAGAUACAAUUUUGUAUAAUCUUUUCUACGUAAAAUCAAGCGGAAAAAUACAAAUCUAAUUUAUG